AUGAAUCCGUCUGCAUUGUCAGUUAACUAUGGAGAUAUUACCGAUCGUAAGAAACUUCGUCAACGAUUGAAUUGUAAAAGUUUUCGUUGGUAUCUGGAGAAUAUAUACCCUGAAUCACCUUUACCAAUUGAUGUAGUGCGACUGGGUGAAGUUCGGCAUAAAAAAACUGGUUAUUGUCUAGACUCACUUGGUCAUAAAAUAGAUGAAUCUGUUGGUACAAGUCGAUGUCAUGGACAAGGUGGUAAUCAGGUAUUCGCAAUGACUGAAGGUGGUGCAAUUCGUUUUCAAGUAGGAUGUAUGGAUGGAGGUGAUCGAAGAAAUGUUGGGACUGGAAAAUUGUUUUUCCGAGGAUGUGUAAACGGUAGUGUCAGUCAGACAUUUGAAAUAUCUAAAAAUCGAAUAAUUCACAAAGCUACAAAAUUGUGCCUUGUAGUUGCCCCAGUAGCCAAAGGUGUACGACUCACACUGAGUGUCUGCGCUGAUACACCAGAUUUCUAUUGGACUCUACCUCCUCUAUUUAACGAUACAUCAGUGGCGUUAUAA